AACGCCCGAUCUCUCAAAACGGGGAAAGUGAAACUAGCUCUGUGAUCCCGGUGCCGCAGCCAUGGCUGCCGUUGACACCCCCGUCCAGGAUCUCUGCGAGGAAGCCACUUGCCCCAUCUGCCUGGAGUAUUUCCAGGACCCGGUGAUCAUUACGGAGUGUGGCCACAACUUCUGCCGAGCCUGCCUGACCCAGUGCUGGGGGGAGAAGGACACAGAGGCCUCCUGCCCCCAGUGCAGAAGGAGCUUUCAGAAGGGGAACCUCCUGCCAAAUCGACAGCUGGCGAACUUCGUCGAAAUCGCCAAGAAAUUCAGUGGCCAGGGGGCCAAAGGGGCGGGAAUUCGGAGGAGCGAAAGGGCAGAAGGAAAGGAGCGAGUCUGUGAGAAGCACCAGGAGCCCCUGAAGCUCUUCUGCAAAGACCACGAAUCUCCCAUCUGCCUGGUGUGUGACAGAUCCAAGGAGCAUGAAAAUCACAAGGUGGUUCCUCUGGAGGAGGCUUCCCGGGAGAACAAGGAUCUGAUCCGUCGUCACCUGGAAUGUCUGAGGAAGGAGAGAGAGAAAAUUCUGGCAUAUAAAGCAGACACAGAAAAGGAAAAUGAAGCCCUGCUUAAAUUAAGAGAGACUGAGAGGCAGAAGACUGUGGAUAUCUUCAGACAACUACACCAGUUUCUGGAGGAACAAGAGGAGCUUCUGCUGGUCCAGAUGGACGAGGUGGAGAAGGAGAUCACAAGGAGAAGGGAGGAGCACAUGGCAGCACUCAAGGAGGAGCUCCUCUCUCUUGAAAGUCUCAUCCAGGAGAUGGAGGAGAAGUAUCAACAGCCAGCGAACGAACUCCUGAAGGAUGUGAGAAGCAUCUUGCAGAAGCGUAAGAAGGAGCCCUUUGAGAAUCUAGUGGCUUUCCCUCCGGAGCUGAAAUGGAGGAUCUGGGAAUUCUGUGAUCUAAACGCCUUUCUAGGUGGUGUCAUGAAGAAAUUCAAAGGUGCUUUACUGCAUGGACAACAACUGCAAAAAGCAAAUGUAACUCUGGAUCCAGAGACGGCUCACCCUCAGCUCAUCCUAUCCAAGGAUCGUAAAAGCGUUUGGUGGGGAGACAAACGGCAAGAUCUACCCAAGAAUCCUGAGAGAUUCGACCAGCGUGGUUUCGUGCUGGGACGUGAGGGAUUCACGGCAGGCAGGCACUUCUGGGAAGUCGCAGUGGGAAGUGAGGGGGUAUGGGCCGUAGGAGUGGCCAGGAAGUCUGUGAGGAGAAAAGGCCCUGUGGAGUUCACUCCAGACGAAGGGAUCUGGGCUGUGGGGAAGUGGAAUAAGGAGUACCGGAGCAUCAACCCUCCUGAGAACCCUCUUCUGCCCCUGAGUGGAGAACUCAAACGGAUCCGUGUCUCUCUGAACUGUGCUGGAGGGCAGGUGGCCUUUUUCGACGCCGACACAGGAGCCCGGCUCUACACGUUUUGGGCUGGCUCCUUCUGUGGAGAGACCCUUCACCCCUACUUUUACGUGAUCAGAAAAGGUCAGCUCAGCAUCACCCCUUAAGGCAGCUAAACCGCCCUCGAAAGUUCUCCUCCGUAGAGCAGGGCUGCUUCUAGACGUUGGGCUCGUCCUAGCGCAAACCGUUAGACAUUUUGCAGCAAUUUCAUCUUUUCUUCCUUAAUGGCUUUUCCACAGAUAAGAAAACAGAUGGAAGAAGUGGGAGGGUUAUGAGUGGAAGAAGACGGUGUUUAGUCCCCCUGUAAAAGUCCAUGAAUAAGCAGGGUAAAGGUGUGAUAAAAGCCUGAGCUGAAAGCA